UUGACAUUGGAGAGCAGGCAGUUUGAACAAAUGGUGGUAUUGAGAACAUGCUCUUGUCUACUUGUUAAGCACAUCAUUGUAAGAGUCAAAUAAUCUUAAAUUUCCUUAGAGAUAAACACAUGUGUCAUGAGCAACGCAACCAGUACCGCCGCUUGUGCAAGACCAAGCACCAAGCCUCAGAUGUCCGAUGUCCAAUUCGAUGCAGUGGUAGAAGUCAUGGAAGAACUCACCCAUUCAGGGGCUCAAGGGGGCAAGGAGAUGCUGCAAGAGGCUGCCGUUAGUGUUGUCCCUAUGAAGGGUUACCCCAAAAACAUUUUUAAAAAUGGAAAAGAUGCAGAGAAAUUUCAGUGUAAUUACUGUAAAAAUGUUCUGAGGAAUCCCCUGCAAAGUGAAUGUGGACACAGAUUCUGCGAGGGUUGCCGAGAUGAAAUGCGGAGCCUUGUCCAGCCUGUGAGAUGCGGAGCGUGUUUAGCGGAAGAUGUCGAUCCAGAGGAAAGCAUUCUGAACCUUGACGCAAUGUUUGCAGAUAAAGCCGCCAUUAGAGAGAUGCGGAAAUUGGAAGCAAAAUGUCCGAAUCCAAACUGCUCAUGGUCAGGGCAGUUCCUGCAAUAUCAGGAGCAUGAGAACAGCUGUGAGAAAAGGCUGGUGCUGUGUUCUCUGUGUGGGAUGCAAGUGUCUCAGGGCCAGCUGGCCAAGCAUCAGAAGGACCAGUGUCCCAAGAGGCAGGUGGAGUGCCCCUUCUGUAAACAGAAAAUGACCUAUGAUGAGCGAGAGAAACAUAACGAUAACUGUCCGAACGCCCCUAUCAAAUGUGAUAAAUGCUUUGCGAUGGUCCCUCGCAGUGAGAUGAGUAAACACUUGGAGAGUGAAUGCUCCCACAGGGAAAUUGAAUGUCCUGACCCUGAUUGUAAAGCGAAGAUGCCCCGCCACCAGUUCCAAACUCACUUCACGAAGCACGAGAGCCUCCCCAAACACAUGCUUUUCCUGUACGAGAAGAUCGCACAGCUCACAUCACAAGUAGACCAGCUGACCAUGGACCCGGCGCUAGCGGCGGGAGUUGUCGGUGGUGCGUCUGCUACAUCUUCUGCUUCUUCAUCUCAGCAAGCCCAUGUGCAUGCUUCGUCUGACCGGAGCCGUGGGGAUGUGGCAGGCGCUGAGGGAGGUCAAGGGCUUGACCGUCAGGGUAGCAGAGGUGGAGCAUAAGAUACAAGAGGUGAAUCUGAAACUGAGUGCACCACCUGCCACAACGGGCAGCAUCAUCAACUGCAAGGACGGUUCGUUCUUCUGGCGGAUCGAAGGGUUCAGCCAGCUGCGCCGAGCAGCAGUCAAUGAGGAGCAGGUGGUGCAAAGCUCGCCCUCCUUCUACACUCACCCACACGCUUACAAGAUGAGGCUUCGCAUAUUCCCCAACGGGGAUGGGGCGGCUAAGGGUAAUGCCGUCUCUGUCUUCAUGCAGCUACAAAAAGGGGAGACUGAUGAGCUGCUGCCCUGGCCCUUCCAAGCCAAGGUGUACCUGAUGGUGGUUGAUCAGAAAGAGUUCAAGAAUCAUAUUGCGGACACGUUUAAUACAAGGCCCAACCUUGCAGCUUUCAAGCGACCGACCGGGGACAACCCGGCCUCUGGCUGUCAAAGCCUCAUCUCCUUGGACCGCCUGGCCAUCAGCCUGCCCACAUACGUGAUCAGCGACACCAUUUUCAUUAAGAUACUAAUUGAAUUUGAUGCUCAGUUAACUCAACGUAUGGGCGACUUUGACCCAAAGAAGGCAUUGUCAUCUUCGCCCAAUCGCCGAUAAGGGCAAGGAAAAGCUAAAGGCAUCGACGAGUUCGUGAAAGCGUCCCUCCCCACCCGCCCCCCAUCAUUUUCUGGCGAAGAAGAGUGCCUGAGGACACUAAUUUGGAGACACACUCUCAAACUCCAUCAGCAUUUUUACCUGCCCUCCCUCUGCUCCCGUAGGGGUGAGUGACGCGCUAGGCAAGUAUCCCCAAAGUGAGGGAAACGUUUAGUGACGCUCUCUUCGCUGUAAUGCUAAUGCUUGGGUUCCACUCACAGAAUGCCUAUAUUACUGAAUACACAAAGGGCUGUAUGACGUCAGGGCUGAAACUGGACAUUGCUGCUGAAAAAGCUUCUGCGCUCUUUCUGAGGAAAGGAAAAAACCCCAAAAGAGGCAGGGGAAUGUCUAAAAAUAGGUUUCCAUGCUGCCCUAUUGUGGGACAAGGCAGCCCUUGAAAAAAUUUUUUUCCCUUUAAUCAGUAAGAGUGCUUUUGUCCUUCUGUCUGUCAGCCUAUCUUUGACCAGACUGAACUUGAGGUUUGGGAUGAUGAUGCGUAUUCUUUUUAUAUAUGUGUUUUAUGGGUCGGAUGGGGGAAGAGAGGUGUGUGUACGUGUGGGAAGAUUUUGUACAUACUAAGUGUGGCCGAAUCGAGCGAGCUUGCUGUAGCUUGUGAAGUGCGACAGCUUUCCAUUGUGUGCACACAGGGUGAUGGGCAGAACACUAUAAUGCAACAUGAAAAGCAUGAGUUGAAGAUAAACUUUUGGGGGUUGGUGGGGGUUUUUUUGUUUGAAUUUUUUUUUCCUUUCUCAAAACAUAAAUGAAAAUAGCAUCAUUUCUUUUUGUUUUGUUUUGUUUUGUUUUGCUUCUUUUCUGGGCAGUUUUAAUUACUAUUUCUCUCAGAUUCUCUUCCCACACUGUCCCCGUGUCAUGUGUCUCUUUGUUUUCUUCUCUGACACUCUUUGUCCUUUUCCGUCUCCCCCUGGCAACACCUUGAUGGAUGACGGGUGCUCAGGUGUGGUCUGCUCCUUCUGUCCUAUCAAACAUCUGUCGUCCUGAUUACUCCUCUUUCUUUGUAUGUUACUGUCUAGUGGAACACCUCUCUACUCUUUGGCGCUUAUAUGACCUAAUUAUGUUCAAGUACAGGGAAACUUAGGAACUUACUCUUACUAACUCUGUCAAAGUAAACCUGGCGAAGGGUAUAAUUCUUUUCCAUUCCAACACUAACCUGUUUUGCUCUAAAGCCUGCCAACUGCCCUGGGUAUCUUUGGACUGGUCCUGAUUUGACGAGCAAGUAUUUGCAUCCUGCACAGUGACAAUAAGAUAGAUAGACUCUUCUUGUCUCCUAACAGCAAAAAAGUUAACUGUUAUUGACUUAAUUUUUCAGAACUUCCUUAAGGCCAUCUGCUGGUGGAGUUUCUAAAAUCUUUAUCCCUUGACUAUGUAUGUACAACGAUUUAUAUUAGUCAGACAUCAAAGAAUAAAUUCUAGUAAAUAUCUAUUAUUUUAAGCGCAUGGUAACCAAGCAAACAUCCGCCAUAUUGGAUGAUUUCAUCAAAUUUCAAAAGCUAUCUUCUCUCUUGGUUUUCGUCCGUUGACUUUCAUUUUUAGCAAGUACAAAUUUCAACACCUAUGUAAUGAACUAAUAACGCCAGAUUUGCAAUAUUGCGAUUUUGAAAAUAAUUAUGGACUCUGGGAAUAUGUACAUGGAUAAAUACUUUAAAAAUCUAAAACUUCCCAACAAAAGCACUGAUUGUAAUUUUAUUCUUUUAUUAUCUUCAAAAAGGGCUCUACUUCAGUAUAAGUCACCUAUCGGUGUACAUUGUGUAAAAUAAUGAAGUUAUUCAGAUGAAAAAUAAAGGAGAAGAUGUAAUUUAAAGUAGGAAAAAUAAAUAUUUUUUAAAAAUUAAGAAAAUAUUAAAAAACAAGACCCAAAAUUGCAAAAUAGUUUUUUAAAACCCAUUUUUUAAUGACUUCUAAUCAAAAUUGAUUGAAGCGGGCGCUCAAAACUUUGAAGGAAAUGGAUGUAGGUUUUAAAAAUGGAA